GCUCCUCAGCCACAGGAACAUGUGAUCUACCCACAUCCCCAGGGCCAGGCCCUGGGGUCCCGUUUGCCAUCGCCCUGCCGGCCGGGGGCCAAAGCUGAGCCUUUUGCAGUAGGAGGAAGGAGGGGCUGAGCCCCGGAGCCUAAACCAAGACAGGGGCCUCUCUGCGAGGUUUCCUGUUGCCUUUUGCAGCGGGGUGGGGGCAGGGGGCUGAGCCUGGGCUGUUUGGUGGAGCCGCCCCUGCUUGCACGAGCUGCCCUGCUGGUUCCCAGGAUCGGGCCCUGCAGCCUGCAGACAAACACCAAACUCCCUGGGAGGGAGGGGGGCAGGUGCCUCCGAGAGACCUGGGGGCUGUAUUUACAGCCCAGCACAGGGAGGCCGGAGUCCACAGGCCAGAUCCCUGGCUAGUGCACAUCACACAGCUAGCUCACCCAGGUCUGGCCGCACGAUGCCACAUCCGGAGCACCAAGGUGAACGCUGGACUCCCAGGCCAGCACGGGGGAAGCAGGAAGGGACCCCGUGGGACCAGCCCUCCAGCCCUGAGGAGCUGCAGCCAACGCCUGAGGCUGGGAGCCACCUGGCAGUGCCCACACGGCUGCGGUUGCUUCCACCAUUUUCCCCAUGGCCAGGAGCUGCCAACCCACCCUCUACCACCUGCCUCCCUGAGCCAUCGGGCCAGGCCUCAGGCCAGCCUCCGUGGCACCAGCCCAGAGCUGAGGCCCAAGCAGGGAAUGCGAGCUGUUCCCCACACACUGAGGCAAUUGUCUGUGUCACCCACCCAGGCUGCCUCUGGCACAGAAGUCAGCGUCUCAGUGCCCUGGGCAGCUGCGUAGGGGAACACAGCGCUCCCACAGCCCCAGCCAGGAGGGGAAGCCCAGCCCUGGAGCCAGCUGCCGCACUAGCAGAUCCUGCCUGGUAUCGUGGCUCCCACAGCAGCCAGUUCCAGCUGCCUCUGAGGAACAGGCAGAAAGCCCCUGGCCUAGGGCCAUUGUGGCAUCACCUGCCUAUGGAGGGGGUUUCACUACGUCCCACCAGCCGGGGGCUAGCUCAUAUCCGGAGGCAGAAGUGUAACAGGAUAGAAGUCUCUGAGGUCCCCCUGGCAACUCUCAUCACCAGCUCGUUUCAGCCUGCCCUCAAACACUGCUGCGCUUCUGGCCUCAGGGACAUCCUGUGGCAGGGAGUUCCACACGGUAACACAUGCUGGUGUGAAACACAACAGAGCCAUGGCGGGGAAGCAGAGGGCAUGGCCCAGCCAAAAAAGGGUCAAUCUGCUCACAGAAGCACCCAGCCCCCCAGAUCUCUGACCAGCCAAUGGGAGUUUGUGCCAAUGAUGAAAUUGCUUCAAGCUGGUAUCUCAUUGGCUGAAUGGGUUGCUACUUCUGGGAGGAGCUUGUUUAAUUUUUGUAUUUGUUUGGUUGUUUUAAGUAUCCCCCAUUGGAUCUGAGCCCUUGAUCAAACAUUAAAACCAACAGCUGUUACUGCC